UCCUCUCAACUUUAUUCAUACCGUCUUCUCCCUCCUCCUCCAAACAGUAUUCAAUCUAUAACUUUGAAGUGCAUUUGUUGUAUUUCUAAACCCAGAUAGACCGACUGCGCCACUCCUUGCUCUCACUUUCCCGACUCCCUCCCACUCUCACUUGCCUCUUAGCUGUUGUCCCAACUCUCUCCCUAUUCUCUUCUUUUUCUGUAUUUCAAUGGAGAAGCUGAGUCCCCUGGAACCUGGACACCCUUUACCGGGUGCAGGGACCGUUGCCGGGGUUUCUGUUACCACAGCAGGGGCUGAGGGAGACGAAGUAGCAAUCAGCUCCAAACUGUUUCGGUGUGCGUGGUUUAGACGUUUGGUACCGCUCGCCUACAGAGAAGAACUUUACCAAGUCUUACGGCUCACAGGCCCACUGCUGCUGUCUCGGAUUCUGAACUUCCUCCUGCCGUUUGUUAUUACUAUAUUCUGUGGUCACAUUGGCAAUGCAGAACUGGCGGGAUACGCACUGGCCUCAGCGACUAUUAACAUCACCACGACUGCUACAGGCUUUGGCCUUGCCCUGGCUUGUGACACACUCAUUUCUCAGACAUUUGGCAGUAAGAACAUGAAACGUGUGGGAGUAAUUCUCCAAAGAAGUUCAUUGAUCCUACUGCUGUUUUGUUUGCCCUGUUGGGGUCUUCUCAUCAAUUCUUACAACUUGCUGCUCAUCUUGUACCAAGAGGAUCGGGUGGCGAGAAUUGCCCAGCUCUACAUAAUGGCAUUUCUUCCAGCUGUUCCAGCCAUGUUCCUGCACCAGCUGCAAGUUUCCUACCUACAAAACCAAGGGAUUAUUCUGCCUCAGUUGUACACAGCAGCAGCAGCAAACAUUUUUAACUUGGGGGCCAACUACGUCUUGAUCUUCAACCUCGAGUUGGGUGUCAUUGGAUCAGCAAUUGCCAACAGCCUCUCUCAGAUCAUCAUCUGCCUGCUGUUGUUUGGAUACAUCAGAUGGAAGAAGCUACAUAAGCAGACAUGGGGAGGCUGGUCCACUGACUGUCUGCAGGAGUGGGGCUCCUAUAUGAAUCUGGCUAUCCCCAGUUUAUUCAUGGUCUGCUUUGAAUGGUGGAUCUGGGACAUUGGCGGUAUACUUGCUGGUAUACUUGGAGAGGUGGAUCUCGCUGCCCAGCACGUGUUGAUGGAGAUAGGAGCGAUAACAUAUAUGUUCCCUCUAGGUAUCCAUGCAGCUUCCUGUGUGCGUGUUGGGAAUGCUCUGGGGGCCGGGAACACUACCAGGGCCUUAUUGACCUGCAAAGUGGCCCUGGUGCUGUCAGGUACGCUUGCUGUGUGCCAGGGUAUCAUCAUCGCUGGCUCUAAGUCCGUCAUUGGCUACAUAUUUACCUCUGAUGAAAACAUUGUAAAGAUGGUCUCAGAGAACCUCACAAUCUACACAUUUACACAAUUCUUUGAUGCACUUCUGUGUGUCUGCUCAGGGGUUCUUGUUGGAGCUGGGAUGCAGAAAAUUGCCGCCUUGUCCAACCUGGUGUGUUACUACUGCAUCGGUCUGCCUGUGGGAAUAGCUCUGAUGUUUACUGCCAAGCUAAGAGUAUUAGGCUUGUGGAUCGGUAUCUUUGUCUGUAUUUUCUUUGAGACGGGUUUCUUCCUCUUUCUAAUCUUCAAACUCAACUGGAAGAAAGUCACACACAAGGCUCAACUGCGAGCUGGACAGAAAGUGGUGAUGAUACCAAUGCGUCCUGUUAGUACUCUGCUAAAUGAAGCGAUGGUGCCUGGCGUCUCUGACUGCCCUAAUGCAGCCUGGUUGGAUGGUGAAGUAGAUGGCUACAUUCCGGUCAACACCCAGAAUCAGGAGCUGAAAGCGGCUCAUGAGGCUGAGGCCAACAACACACAAACAGGAGGAGCUGAGAAGAAUGCUGAGCACAGCAAAAAGACUUCAAAUACCAAAACUCAAGCGCUGCUUUCUGUCUCUGAGCUGAUCUUGCGCCGGGGACUCAUCUUCUUGGUUUCAUUAAUUUUUUUGGCCAUAGGUGUUGCUGUCCACAUUGCUUUCCCUGUACUGGAGCCCUCCGCCCAGAGCAGGGACAACUUCACCUUGAACUGGGCUAAUGACUCCACUCUAAUACCGCUGGCUCCACUGAACCUGACAUUGAACCUCUGAGCUAUCUUUGACAUCUGAAUGUAGACAUCUAGUGGCUGAACACAGUUCUCAUAAACUGACAAUUUAGAUCUCCCACAGAGAAAAGCCUUGCAUUCAUGAUCUACUUGUAUACCUGGAUUGUUAUUUUGUUAAACUACAGCAUGACUUAGUACGACUGGAUUUGUCUUGUAUUGAGAAAAAUACGUCUCAGUGCUGCACUGCUGAGCUGUAGAAAGCUGGAAGCAGUAUCAAUGAGACUGGCAGGAUGAACAAAGGUCUUGUUACAAAUAUCACCUUUUUAACCUGCUCAGCCUGAGAUGUUCAACUGGAAAGACAAGACACAUUAUAAAUCCCUCACUAAGAGACCACGUGGGAAUCAAGUAACAGAUGUUCUUCCACAGAUAGCUUUUCAUUUAGCCACUUAUUCUUGUCUUGAUUUACAUUUUGUCUUUUGUCUUACUGACCUUAAAUCAAUUUAUCGUGUUUUUACCUGUAAGUGUAAGAUUGACUGUAAAUAUCUGAUGUAAAGUUUACAUGUUCACAUAUAUGUAAUAUGCACAGACUGUACAUUACUGCAUUGUCUGACUGUAUCACUGCCACUCAACCCUGGUAAUCUCCAGAACAGAGGUGAUUGAUAAAUAAUAAGAUAGCUAUUUUUUAAAACUAAAUAUCUAUGACCAAUAAUAUAAUGUACUGCCAUGUGAUGGCAACCUAAUCAAUGACUUUUAAAGUGUAUAACAAUGAAACUAACUACAGGGAAGCCAAAAUAUAUUAUUUCCCCAAGACAUUUGUGUACUAUUUUGAACUGCAGACUACAGACUGAACUCAUCUUCUAGGGUUUUUAAAAAAGAAAUGUAGUUGAAAGGAAGAAAUACAAACUAUGUUGCCAAAGAUUAAAAAAUUAAACCACCAA